GGACCUUAUAUCAGAGGUGAUAUUUGUCAGUGGAAUUGACAUUAAAAAGUGUGGAUUAUUUCGCAUGUACGGAAAAGUGGGAUAAAGGCUUUUCUGAGAUGGUGAACUCCUGAUAGCGUGACAUCGGCGAAGAUGUCCGCCUCAUUCGAGGAAGAUUACGACGAGAUAGAGAAAUGUCUCCGUCAGGCUCAGGAGGAAAUAGGGUACGCCCUGCUGAGCCUGUCGGAGAAGCUGCAGGGCACGACGCAGCCGGUGUUCUCCCGCCUCUUCAGCAGCCACCAUGGCGGGGACGGGAUCAACCUGGAGCUGUCAUCCUCAUCAUGCGGGCAGCAGGAUAAAGCCCUCCAGAAGCCGCCUCAGAAAGUGGAUUUCCGUGCCAUCUUCGAGGAGCAGCCACUAGAAACUCAACUGAAGAAGUUAGAGUUACAACUACUGGUGCCCCCUAUAGUCAAAGCAGAGAACAAGGCUUCUCAUGAGAAUCGGCCGGAGCAUCUACCGAGGGGACGUCGACGACGGCAAAAAUCUAAAAUGGAAUACGACGAUGACCACGGAGAUUCAAAUAGCGAGAUUUCGUCGGAUUUCUACACGCCCCCUAGUGGCAGUGACAUGGACUUUAAUUCACCUGGUUUUGCGUUUGGGAGCGAGGUUAAACCAACGUUGUCGACGCCUUUCAAUUAUAAACCAGAGUUGAGUUAUUUUCCUGAGGAACUCGAGGUUAAUGUGGAACAGAAAAAUGAGAUGGGGUAUAUCGUCAGUGAGACUGCAUCAUCCAGGGGCUCAGCGCCUGGAGUCAAGGUUGAUAGUGCCGUUAUUCUUGACGAAUGUUUGUCGCCAGGUGUUGGAAGUUAUACGAAUUUUCCAUUCAUUGACGAUGAUUCUGCCGAAAUUGACGAAGCGCUGUUAAGGGGACUCCUCACGCCACAGGAUUUGGAUGAGUUGGUUCCGCAUAAAGUGUCCGAGACAGUCGAUAUUGUGUUAUCCAAUGAGAAUGCGCGACCGAUUGAGUUUGAUACAAAGGUCGUUCAUAGAAAUAUCAUCCUAGACAAGAGCAUGGAGAGUGAUCAAGAUAUGGCUUUUUAUUCCGCGGAUGAGGGGAUGGACUCCUCGUUUGAUAUGAAAUGUGUAAAACCUAAAACGAGGCCCCGGCCAAAACCGCGCCGGAAGAAAUCUAGCGGUUCCACAGAGACCGAGAGUAGUACUGGUAGUUGUUCCUCGGAGGGUAGGCGUGUAAGUGAUAGCUUUAUUUGUGAUUUGAGGCCUAGUAGAUCUGCUAAGACGGAGGCAAAGCGCGUAUCUUUAGAUCUGAAAUUAGGGAUUUCUAAUAGCGAUCUGAAUCCGAGUAGAUCUGAUCCGUCAGUUUGUGAUAGUGGUGUUAAAGCCACAACGACUUUGGAAAAGAAUAUUAACCAUAGAUCUGAGAAAUGUAACAAGGAGAAGGUCUUGUUCGAUAAUGCAGAGCGAGAGGUGGAGGAACCAGGAAGUGUGCGGUUACAUAAACCGGAUAUUUCCGCGGUUUUUGCUUAUAUUGAGAAUCAAAUGCAUAAUGAACCGGUGGACGAUCACAUAAUACAGGAUGACGUUUUCCGUGAGUCGGAUGUUAAGUUGGAAAAUGUCGAAUUUAAAGAGAAUAAUUUGUCGCCGGAUUCGAACGAAAUUGCUAUGAUUGAUGUUGGGAUUGAGACGGAGUAUUGCGAGGAUUGGCGAAACAGUCACAGUUUUAAGCAGCGGAAAUUGUCACCGAUUAUUGAUGAGGAAAUGCCAAAAGAAUCGUACGAGUAUGUGAGGUCUUUGACUGAUACAGAUUGCCCACCCAUGGCGCCGCCUCGGAAAAAUAAGCGGUAUAAAAGUAUGCGCGAGCCGACCAAAACAGCCGAAGUGGAUAAUAGUGAGUGGCGAUUCCAAAGUUUGCGUAAACCGAAAGUUGCGCAGCCACAGGAUGAGAACGAUAACACGCUCAAGGAUUUCGAGAAAUAUUUGAGUGUCAACACAAUUACGGCACUGUCGAAUUUAAGUCAGAAAAGAGCAGAUCCGGUUCCAGAUGUUGCGCAAGUCUCUGCGAUGCAUGUUAUGACCCUUGAGCCGGAUGCUGAGGAGAAGCCUAAAAAGAAGGAAAGUAGGUUAUCAUUGUGGCAAAAACGAAUACGGAAGCGUAGCGCUCCGCCGUCACUUUUGUUUUUCCGACGGAAAAAGGACGGCGACAAACCGAAGGACAGUGCGUUAAAACCAAUCCAUGAUCUCGAUAGAGGAAGCUCGAAGGAUUUGAAUACAGUGCCACCUAGUGGUGUCAGUAAAAAUGAUAGGUUGGGUGGACCAGCACCUAGGACUCAUCACCGGACUUUGAGUGAUUACUCUACCCUGCCAUCUGGGCCAAUGCGACCCUUGCCACCUGUGCCUAUACAACCAGUGCCAAAUCUAGUCAUACGAAAUGAAAAUACUGAUUUUCCACCCACGGGCCGGUUGGCUCAAAAACGUAGCAGUCUACCUCUUGUGCCUAGUCAUUCAGAACAAUCGACUGCCAUACCAUUUACGGGAAGUAAGGAAAAUAUGUUUCGUAGAGGUAGUAAAGAGAGUAUAGGUACAUGUAGGAGUCUCAAGGACAAUAUAUCUCGGAGUAGUCGUGAAAGCAUUUCUAGGGGUAGUAAAGAGAGCAUUUCUAGGGGUAGUGGAGAGAGCAUUUCUAGGGGUAGCAAAGAGAAUUUGCAUAGGGGGAGUAUUGAGAAUCUUUUGAGACGGAGUAUGGAGAAUUUGUUGAGAAAGAGCCACGAGAGCCUUCCCAAAGGGAGUGGAGAAAACGUCUCUGGGCCUAAAUUUCUCGAGGGGGACAGACCAGCCUCGCCGAAAACGGAAAGUCGGUUUGAACGAUUGAAGAAGAGGUUGCGUAAACGGAGUGCUCCGCCAUCUUUGUUGUUGUUUCGGAGGAAAUCUACUCUUGAUAAGCCGCAAGUUGCCAAGGAUGAUCUGGUGAUACCGGAAAUUGUUGCGGAGGAGGGAAGUAGUUCUGGUAGCGCCAUCACGCCGCUGUUGCGGCGGGCAACGACUAAGAAGGACAAGAAAGAUAAAGAUAAGCGUCAGAGUGUUGGCGAUUAUGAAAAUGAAGUUGAUCUUCCGUACCAUAUACGAAAGCGCCAGAGGAAUAAGUGCACCGAAAUUAAAGUUAGUAAUAUUCCUAAGUCACCACCUAAUGAUAUUAUUGAGAACAAAUACAACCAGCCUGAUGUCAUCGCGCAAACGUUGCCGACAAGGUUGAGCAGGAAAAAGGAGCGAAGUAAGAAUGUUUUGAACGAGGAUGGGAUAAGCGCGUAUCAACAUAUUGAAACAGCCCGCAUGGCGUAUGCGAUUGCAAGUGUGGAAGAAAUGCAAAAACGCCCAUAUUCGGGAGUCGAACCAUGCAUACCUGCUCUCUCCUCCCCGACUAACCAGAGGCUGCCUGGUUUGCUACCUGCGGGGAGUCACCCCGGGACGCUACUUGAUGCCAUGCAUCGGAAGUUCUACUCGCAUCAAUACGAACCUCCGAGCCGGCGACCUGAAUCUGUGAUUAAACUUGGCGUCCGUGCUACAACUUGUCGCCGUCGUUCACCCAGUAAAAGUGCAACGAGCGUGACGGAUUCCGAUCAGUCACUCUCGAGCCAUAGCGAGACUGGUUCUCCUGCUUAUUACAAUACUUCGAGGACUAGAUUUGACUUUGGGAUUCAUGUGGAUAGGCCACCAGGGUAUGUGCGGGAUCGGUCCCCGACAAAACGCCACGUGCGUCGACCAAGUUUAGACUCAGUGAGUUCAACUGAUCGGCAAAUCUCGCCCGAAUCUGAUACCAUGAGCAUGAACAGUUUUGUUGCUAUGCAGCAAAAAUCACGCCCAAGUCGGCGGUCAUCAGUAGACUCAUCCGAUACAACAAGUGUCAACUCGGUUGCGUCUAGUUCGUCGAUUCGAUCGAGUUCGACGUGUUCCAGCCAUCAGGGACAGGAAUCUAGUAGUAGUAGCCGGACGGGUGUCGAGUGCAAUCUGAAAUUAGUAAAACACAAGGCCAUAAACAUUCCCAGUCUAGCGGACCCUUUUGAAUCGUGUAAAAUAGACGCAGAUACGGCUGAGGAUAUCAAGCAGAAAUCCACAAGUCAGACUAGUGCGAGUUCUCAGAGCACACUGUGUAGUCAUGGGUCGCAGGUGCUCCACGGGUUAGGACAUGCGGAGAGUACGUCUACCGUUGGAGAUGCGGUGCCAGGAGAUGUAGGAGAUUCGGACGACAUGACUUAUACGAAAUCGCUGGAUCGGAGUAAGUUGAAGAAGGCGGCGGAUUACGAGACGAGGUCGCUGCCAAAUCGGUCACGGAGGAGGAGGAACAGUGCGGAUGCAGGUACAUGGAAGUCGGAACAAGAAAUUCCAGAGAUCGAAGCUCUCGAGGCGUGCAAGUGGCUGCGGGCUGCGGGGUUCCCUCAAUAUGCUCAGAUGUAUGAAGCUGCAAGGAAUAAAGAUCAGCAAUUCCCCAUCGACAUCCAGGCCGUUGAAAGAGAUCAUGACUUUCUCGAUGAGGACUCCAUGCAAUCACUUUUCAGACGAUUGAAUACUCUGAAUAAAUGUGCAAGUAUGAAGAUCGAUACAAAUAGCCGUAAAACUGUCGAUGAAUCUGAUGAAGAGGACCAGUGCGCGUUGAGCGACAGGUGGAAAUUCCAGCGUAGCAAUCGGCGUUGGUCGCGACGUCUUGACGAGGACAACGCGCUGUUGUCAGUCCCGGAUGGCGCUGCACCAAGCAAACAUGGCCUGGCCUCCGGAAGCAGUCACGAUAGUGUGAUUACGGAUAAUGAUAUUUCUAGUCAUGCAGAUGAAAGUCCGCUAUUAUCGCCGAAGGAUCAGGAGACGUUAAUGUUGCCAUCGCCAGACGCCGAAAGUUACGACGUUGCUAACGCUAAUACAUGGACGAGUCCACGGUUACGGAGAGCUGCGAGCGAGAAACUAAAAAGUGCCAAAAAUUUCCUCAAGAGGAUAGACACAUUAAAAAGUAGCAAACGGCGUAAGAAAACCGGCGCCAACCGGGACGAUAUUAGUGGACCAAAAGUCGUUGACUCUGACGAGAUGAAGGACCGUAUUGAGCGAUUGCAGUGUAUCGAUAUCCAAGUCACCAGUGAAUUGUCGCCAACUUCGUCGGAAUCUUGUAAAAAUUUCCCGGCGUUUUCCGACGCGGACACCUCGCCGGAGGCGGACAAGCGCUGUUUCCAUCAAAAUUUUGAUCUUUUGAACUCGAGUUUUAGCGAUACAGAGGAGGGGAUUCACGGGCCGUUUCUGCGGCAUCGGAGAAACCUCAGUGACCAGGGGGUGGGGAAUAGCGAGUUAGUCACGAUACCAAAGGAUUACGUGCCCGGGACAUUCCCGAAGGUCCACGCUGGUGAUUAUAUAAGAGCGGGUCAUGGCAAUAUUAUAAAUUAUCGCACCGGCAGUUUUAAUCUCGGUAACGAUUCUGCUGAAAGGGACGAGUUUGUCAACAGCGUGCAGCGUCGCGUCAAAAGUGAGAAACGAAGCACGCCGAACCGUGCAAGUUUCUACGAUAAUGUCCCACAAAGUGAAAAUCCGCAUCACGAAUUGGACCAGGUUUUGAACGAAUUGUUCCAGAAUAUCAACAGUUUGCCUAAUUAUCAAGACAAUGAGGAUUAUCUUACGAUAGAUACGAAUAAGUCAGAUUUGUCUUUGGAGCUCGGUGAUGAAUUUUCAUUGGAUAGUAUGAAGUCGGGAACGUUACACGGAGAAAUAUCAUCUCAAUCUGAAACCGAGGCGAACGCCUCGGCUACGGAGAGUAUCGGAGCGUCAAAGAUGGACGUCGAUAAUUUGGACCAAUCGGAGCACAGCGAGUCUGAAAUCAAGGAAGCCACUGGUUUGAAAGCACAGGAAAAUGACCUCGGUGAGGCGAGAGAUGGACAACAGUCAAAACAGAAUGACGACAGCCUGUCAUCGCCGCAUGAGACAAGCGAUACAGAACUGCAUCAUGGGAAAGAUGAAGGAGUGGUGCGUGAGCGUCGGGACUCUGGUAUGGGGUCAUCCUUGACAAGAGCGCCAAGUGAUCGACGUCGACCAAGAAUCCGGUGGCAUAGUUUCCAGAAAUCUCAUCGGCCGAGCCUGGGUAGUCGUAACUUGCAGAUUUCCAACCUCUCAGCCGGACAACUGAUGGUGCUACGCAAACUCUCGCUGUUGAAAUUGACAGCCAUGAUGGAGCGGUAUUCACCUUCGAAUAAAACUGGAUGGAAUUGGGGCAUGCCAAAAUUCAUCAAGAGAUUUCGCGCUCCCGAUUAUAAGGACAAGAGCGUGUUCGGGGUUCCGAUUCUUGUCACACUGCAACGGACGCUACAGCCUCUCCCACAAUGCAUCCUAUAUGCCAUGCGCUACCUGCGGCGAACGGCGCCAGACGCCGUGGGAAUAUUCCGGAAAUCUGGCGUGCGAUCUCGGAUCCAGAAACUCAAGAAUCAGAUUGAGGCGGACCCACAUAUGACCGAGUUUGACGCACAAUCAGAAUACGAUGUCGCGGAUAUGGUCAAGCAGUAUUUCAGAGAAUUACCCGAGUGUUUGCUGACCAAUAAAAUAUCGGAGACUCUAGUCAGUAUCUAUACAUUCGUUCCAGCAGAGCAGCGGUCUGAGGCGUGCACGGCAGCUAUCAUGUUGAUGCCGGACGAAAACCGUGAGGUGCUACAAUCUCUCCUGCUCUUCUUGAGCGACCUCGCUGACCACUCGGACACAAAUCAGAUGAAUGCCAGUAACCUUUCAGUUUGCUUCGCACCGUCGCUGUUCAACGUCCUGCGGUCCUAUUCUACGGGGACGGGCAACAGCCCGAGGCGGAACCGGCGGGCUACGGGCAUACCCGACCAGAAGGAAUUGCUGGAGCAGAAGGCGACGCAUGAGUGCCUGACACAUAUGAUCAAAGACUGCAAGAAGUUGUUCAUGAUUCCCGAGGACACGAUAGCGAAAUGUAAAUUCUCGUACAUUGAGCGCGGCGACCCAGUGCCAUUGGAUCAUCUGUGCAAGGGCGGGCCGGAAGGCAAACCAAACUACACCGCGUAUAUAGAGACUUGUGUUCAGGGCAUUCUGAAGGAAUCACGCGACAAGUUCAAAGGAUGGGUCUCAGUGUCGCCACAUAAUGGCGUCGACAUCGCGUACAAGAAACUGGGAGACGGCCAUCCGCUUCGGCUCUGGAAAUGUGGUGUCGAGGUCGAGGCACCCCCUGUGGAAGUCUUAAACAGGAUCUUGAGAGAGAGACAUCUGUGGGAUGACGACCUCCUCAAGUGGCGGAUAGUCGAGCGGCUGAACAAGAGCACGGAGAUUUUCCAGUAUGUCUGUAACAGCAUGGCUCCCCACCCAACACGAGAUUACUGCACGCUCAGAGCAUGGAAGACUGGCCUUCCCAAAGGUUCCUGUGUGUUGGUGGCGACAUCUAUCGAGCAUCCUGAAGCCCCUGUGCUAGGCGGAGUGAGAGGUGUGGUGCUUGCUUCUCGGUACCUGAUCGAGCCUUGCGGGUCGGGCAAGUCGCGUGUUACCCAUAUUGUACGCACAGAUGCCAGGGGGCGCACACCUGAUUGGUACAACAAAGCCUUCGGACAGUUAUCGGGUACAUUGAUGCGCCGUAUACGGGACUCAUUCAAACAUGGUGCUGUGGCGGAAGGACCCGAAACAAAGGUGUGAUGCGGCUGGACAUUGUAUCAGUACGCCUUGGUCUCUUGGUUGCUUAGCCGGUACGGACUCAUUCUCCCAGGUGAUGUGGCAGAAGGUGCGAAGCGGUUUGACAUUGUAUCAAUACGCCUUUUCCGUACGUUCAGAUCUGCUAGAAACAGGAUUCGUUAAAUUCACGCGGUGCUUAGGCGGAGAUUGAGGAAAUUAAGGUGUGAUGAGGCCGAACAUUGUAUUAGUCUGCCUGCAUCUUAUUCGGCGAUUGGAGAUUGUGGUCUGGUGCUGGAUAUUUUGUGACGGGACAAAUGAUCGGGAGGAAACCAUUGUGAUUCAUAAGUAUGUGCUUUUCUGUUUAUUUACGGGUAGAUGCAUUGAUUGUGGAGAUAAACGACAGAUUUUAUCACUCUCUGUUAGUAUGCGUAUAUGAGAGUUUGGGAUGUUCAGAACAAGGGAUAAUCCUUUACUUUACAUUUUGGUUGUUGUAUAAAUUUGAAAUGAUAGGUCACUAGUUAUUUGAACACAGAGUUAUGAAGGGUAAACUUGGGGCGAAAGAAGUAGGGGUUGAUGAAUUUUUAAGGGAUGCGCCAUUCGUAAUUACUGGUGGUCCAGUAAAAUAGAAAUGCAGUUAUACACAAUGCCGUAGUGCCGUUCUUAUGCAUAUGAAUUCACUUGGUAUCUGUAGUACAUGUACAUGUAUUUGUAUAUCUGUCUACACAAGGGCAAUGCGAAAAUUCAUAUUCAGUACAUAUUUUAUACGCAAUUGGAGAUUUUCAAAUUCAAUUACAAUUUUCUAUUGAAAGGCGUAGGCCUUUAAAGUAUGGAUAUUUGUUAUUCUGAACUCUUUGAGAAUCUAAUCGGCUUGGAAACAUCUGUUGGAAUCAUUGAGUCUUAUGGAUUGAGAAAAUUGACCAAACUUUAUCAAAUUUACAUUUGGAUUUUAUCUUGAGCCAGUCUAUUGGCGUUGGUUUUAGAAAAAGUCUGUUGACGAAUUCAUUCUACAGGUUUAGCAGACGACACUUCUAUUUUGCAAAAAUUGAUACGCCUAAGAAAAGUUUGCGGUUAACAGUAGAGGCCUACACUGUCAAGAGAUAGCUCUACUGGUUUUGAAAAAAACUGUUGCAACUUUUCUUGGACUGCCUGUAGAAGAGGGUGUGUAUGUAGAUAGAUGUUAGGAAACCACUGGUUGUUCAAAAAGAUGUUCAGGUGAACAUUUUCUGUGCUGUAUUCUCCGUCAUUUUGUCAGUCACUUUAACCCCCUAUUCUAGCCAACACAUAGCUAUUUGUCCUUCGAGAGAAUGACUUUGCAAAUGAAAGAUUUGUAUCUCUGACCUAGAAUGUAGCCGAUUUGUAGAAUGAGGAACCUUCAGAACUAAAAAUCCAGAUGGCAGCACUAGUACUAAACGGUACACUUCCAGUGCAUUUUACAUUAAAAUUAAGUUUUGUUGAUUUUCUCCCUAAAACUCAUCAAAAUAGAAUUAAGGACCAAUAAAACAACAUUUUUGGUGCUAUUUCCCAUGUAGAGUAAUUAAGGGAUGAAAUGUUCAAUAAUCAUUGACCAAGGAAAUGGCUUUCUCAUAACAACCGGGCCAUGGUUCACUUGCCUGCAGGGCCCCCUAUUGACAGGUUUUGUUGUGCAGGUUCCUCAUUGCGCUCAAUUGUCCUGUGGUCGUGAUAGCGAAAGAAAGCACUUUUCUGUGCAUCAGGCAAUUUAGCGUUUGACUGGGGAACUGGAAAUGCCUAGUACAUUUCCAAAGUAGAUGACAAAGUGAAAAUAGCUAUGCAUUCAUAGGUCAGUGUCCUUGUGUUAAUUGUAGGUGAGGCGGAUUAUGUCUACCGUACAUGGAUGAUAGUGGAGUUUAUUGACUUUUACUAUUGAAAGGCUUAGAGGACAGCUAGGACAUACUAGAAAUUUGAAAGUACCAUGCAUGUCCUUUGUGCGCUAAGCCAUUCAAAUGCAUUAUCAAUGCAAGUUCUAUCCAUAGAUAGAUGGCAACACUGUCAAAAUUAACAAUUUUAUUUCAGUAUUUCACAUAUGUCCAGCCCUUCUAUUGACAGAACGUGUUUUCAUUAAAAAAUAGUUCCUUUAAGUGUGAAUGGGUUGUAAUGAAUAAAUUGAAUGAAUGUACAGAUGCAUGAAUUAUGGUUUUAAUGUCACUCAUACAUGUAUUAGAGUGAUUGACAGUUCGUGACUGUAAUGUUAAUUCCCAAGCCGUCAUACCAGUGAUAUUGUACUUCACCAUGGCCCAUGGGGCUUGUACUUUCAGGAAUACUCAAAAAGGCUAAUUAACAGUGGAGGGCAGAAAGUCACUAACCCAAGAAUUAAACAUUUCUGGUUGCUAUUAAUUUUAGUCCCCUGUAUGCAUUGUGCUUUGAGGGGACAGUUUUUUUCAACUCUGGUGUACUGAUGUUCACAGUUUCUUGUUUGUGUAUGAUAAUAUUAGACAAUCUUAUUCUAAAGAAUCGUUCCUAUUUUCCCAAACAAGACUGCAUCCGAUAUAUUUGAUGGCCUUUUAGCACUUUGUCUUGCGAUAUGUUGUUCAUCUUCAUGCCAUUGAAUCAACCUUUGUGAUGUUUGUUGAAGUGUCUUGUAUAAAUACGGUUCAAAAUUGUGUAUUGGCUGUUUACUACUACAGUCCAAAUCACAUUUGACAUCCAUCCUUCUUUGCGUCAGUGAUGCGCGAUGUACCCAUUGCUCGCCAAUGAUACACCAGUGACGCGCUUAUCUCUAUGUUUAGCGUAUUACGCACAACUUACACGGGGAUGUUAUUUGUGAUUUGAACUGUAGCAAGUAUCACAAAUACAAAUAUUUCUGAGUCCUUUAUCUGUCAAAUUGGUGAUUUUUAAAGUGGGUGGUAUCGAUUGUUCGAUUGAAUGGAUACGUGCAAGAAACCAGUACAUUGUGGCCAUUUGCAAUGCACAAAUCAUUAAAGUUACCAGGGUGACUUUUUCGCAUGCAAUUUUGGUAUUUUAUAACUACUGCUAACAUGGCUAAUGCUAAUGCUUGAUUUCAAUCAAUAAGGGGCGUCUGAUAAAUAAACUAGUACCAACCAAACUCCAUUUUGCCGAAAGUCGGUUACUGAUUUUUUGCACCCACCCCUUCAAUUCUGAUAUUUCUCAAAUUAUCUUGUUCUAUCAGGAGAAAUCUCUUUUACCAUAGUGUACUCAAUAUACAAAUAUUUAUCCAAGAUGUUGAUGAAAAAUUGGCUUAUUUUGCAAAACUUUGUUGGUUGAAUGAAUUGAAACUUUCUACUUCAUGGAUUUCCUUUGCAAUUUGGUACCAACACUGGUGUCCUUGAUAGCAAGGUCGACCUUAAUAGUGCAAGUGAGUUAUAAUAUGCCAGAGUUCUUAUUGAGUUCUGUGUUGGCAUAAAAGGAUAUGUAAGAUUCUCAGCUACAUGUCGAUAGGCGUCACUUUGACAUUUUGAUGGGCAUUUAGUUCUGUUUUGGGUAGAGCAUAGCUGAGAGAGAGGCACACUAUUGAUGGGUAGUUAAUUCUGUUUUGGGUAGAGCAGAGCCAAGAGUGAGGCACACUAUUGAUGGGCAGUUAGUUCUGUUUUGGGUAGAGCAUAGCUGAGAGUGAGGCACACUAUUGAUGGACAGUUUGUUCUGUUUUGGGUAGAGCAUAGCUGAGAGAGAGGCACACUAUUGAUGGGCAGUUAGUUCUGUUUUGGGUAGAGCAUAGCUGAGAGAGAGGCACACUAUUGAUGGGCAGUUAUUUCUGUUUUGGGUAGAGCAGAGCCAAGAGUGAGGCACACUAUUGAUGGACAGUUUGUUCUGUUUUGGGUAGAGCAUAGCUGAGAGAGAGGCACACUAUUGAUGGGCAGUUAUUUCUGUUUUGGGUAGAGCAGAGCCAAGAGUGAGGCACACUAUUGAUGGACAGUUUGUUCUGUUUUGGGUAGAGCAUAGCUGAGAGAGAGGCACACUAUUGAUGGGCAGUUAUUUCUGUUUUGGGUAGAGCAGAGCCAAGAGUGAGGCACACUAUUGAAGAGAUCCAUGCAACAUGCAGUGGUCAUAGCAACUAACUGACUUCUAUUUGGAAUAUCACUUGCUGUGUGCCCUAGGAAUAUCACAGGCUGUGUUCCUAGGAAUAUCACAGACUGUUUGCCCUGGGAAGAUCACAUGGCUAUGUGUCCUAGGAAUAUCACUUGCUGUGUGCCCUAGGAAUGUCACAGGCUGUGUGCCCUAGGAAUAUCACAUGCUGUGUACCCUGGGAAUAUCACAUGCUGUGUGCCCUGGGAAUAUCACAUGCUGUGUGCCCUGGGAAUAUCAUUUGAUGUGUGUACUAGGAAUAUCACAUGCUGUGUGCCCUCGGAUAUCACAGGCUGUGGGCCAUAGGAAUAUCAUUUGAUGUGUGUACUAGGAAUAUCACAUGCUGUGUGCUCUGCUAUAAGAUUUGUUUCAGUGCUUUCAAAUGAAAUUGAUUGUGAAUUGUUAUAAACUGUCUAGAGUUGUCAUUUCUGCUUGUUCUCUGUCAACCUCCGACACAAAAGCAUGAGUUGUUGAUUAACCUUGUUAUGACUACGAACAAGAACUAAAACAUAGUGUACAUGUAUAUCCUACAUGUACUGUUUAAUAAUACAUUUCACCCUCGAGUUGUGUGGUGCAGUGCAAUGAACAUAUACGGUGUGUAUCAAAAUCAGUUCAACAACCAAAGGUUUCCUGUGUCGUGGUUAUACAUGAAUCCAAUCCGGGUUAAUAUUGUGUCGCACCCACCCAGGUUUAAAGAAUUGAUCUUUAAUUUUUAAACACAGUAAAAUAGAAUAUUGUACAUGCAUUUACUAAGUAGUUACCGUAUUCAAAUCAUUGUUGACAGUGUCGAAUGUUAAAAGUUGUAAAUAUAAUGUUAUCAGCCUGCCUAUGAUGUAUGGGUAUUAUAUUUUCAGUUAUUAUUGCAAUAAAUCUAUCGACUUGUAUGAAA